AUGUCUGUCCUCCGCAACAUCAAGAGCCUUGCUCCCCUCCUUGACCGCGUCCUGGUCCAGCGCAUCAAGCCCGAGGCCAAGACCGCCUCCGGCAUCUUCCUCCCUGAGAGCAGUGUCAAGGAGCAGAACGAGGCUAAGGUCCUCGCCGUUGGCCCCGGUCUCCUGACCAAGGAUGGCAACCGCCUCCCCAUGGGUGUCAGCGCCGGUGACAAGGUCCUGAUUCCUCAGUUCGGUGGCAGCCCCAUCAAGGUCGGCGAGGAGGAGUACCACCUGUUCCGCGACUCUGAGAUCCUUGCCAAGAUCAACGAGUAA